AUGAUAGUUCUUGGUUGGAUGCUUUUUGUUGGCUUUGCAUGUUACAUGGGCACGUUUCCGGAGUUCAUGCCUCCAACUCUGAGGUGGAAAGAGAGGUGGCCUGUUAAGGAGAGCAAGGCACGACGGGGCAGCCAGGCUUUGGAUGAAGAUCUACAACUGAACUAUGUGGAAGGGGUAUAAGUAUCCCCCAGGAGGGACCCCGGUGGAAAUAAGCAAAGAUGAUCCUGGUGAAGUAAUGCAGCUCUGAAGCUCACCUGACCAGCCCGUACAGCUCCUGUUGUUCGUUUCGCAUAAAGUAAUUGCACAUUA